CUUUUUCUCUUUCUACGGGUCGGGAACUCCUUCCUUCACACACACAUACACAUACAGAGAGAGAGAGGGAUCUGAGAAAUUAGGGUUUCUUUUUGACUCUCUCUCAUCUCAACUUUGAUUUCUGCUAUUCGAUCGAAAGAUCAAAAUUCUAAGCAGAUGAGAGAGAUCAUCAGCAUACACAUAGGGCAAGCAGGAAUUCAGGUCGGCAAUUCAUGUUGGGAGUUAUAUUGCCUCGAACAUGGAAUUCAGCCCGAUGGCAUGAUGCCUAGUGACUCAACAGUGGGUAUUGCACACGAUGCUUUUAAUACCUUCUUUAGUGAGACGGGUGCAGGCAAACAUGUUCCCAGAGCUAUAUUUGUGGACCUGGAACCAACUGUCAUUGAUGAAGUCAGGACAGGGUCUUACCGCCAGCUUUUCCAUCCUGAACAGCUUAUUUCUGGCAAGGAAGAUGCUGCUAACAAUUUUGCAAGAGGGCAUUAUACAGUGGGGAAAGAGAUAGUUGAUCUGUGCCUUGAUCGAGUGAGGAAGUUGGCUGACAACUGCACUGGUUUGCAAGGAUUUUUGGUGUUCAGUGCUGUUGGUGGCGGCACUGGUUCUGGUUUGGGGUCCUUGUUACUGGAACGCCUAUCGGUAGAUUAUGGGAAGAAAUCAAAGCUGGGUUUUACCAUUUAUCCUUCUCCUCAGGUCUCAACUGCAGUUGUGGAGCCUUAUAACAGUGUUCUUUCUACACAUUCCCUACUUGAGCACACUGAUGUUUCUGUGCUUUUGGACAAUGAAGCCAUAUAUGAUAUCUGCCGGAGAUCUCUAGACAUUGAAAGGCCAACUUAUACCAAUUUGAACCGACUGAUUUCCCAAAUAAUAUCAUCUUUGACAACAUCCUUACGGUUUGAUGGGGCCAUCAAUGUGGACAUUACUGAAUUCCAGACUAACCUUGUGCCAUACCCCCGAAUUCAUUUCAUGCUUUCAUCCUAUGCACCUGUAAUUUCAGCGGCUAAAGCAUACCAUGAACAGCUCUCGGUACCUGAGAUUACAAAUGCUGUCUUUGAACCCUCAAGCAUGAUGGCAAAAUGUGAUCCAAGGCAUGGGAAAUAUAUGGCCUGCUGCUUAAUGUACCGUGGAGAUGUUGUUCCCAAGGAUGUUAAUGCUGCUGUGGCCACGAUCAAGACUAAACGGACGGUACAGUUUGUUGACUGGUGUCCAACUGGCUUUAAAUGCGGUAUAAACUACCAGCCGCCAUCAGUGGUACCAGGAGGCGAUCUUGCCAAGGUACAGCGAGCAGUGUGCAUGAUCAGCAACAACACAGCAGUAGCAGAGGUGUUCUCCCGCAUUGAUCACAAAUUUGAUCUCAUGUAUGCUAAGAGGGCGUUUGUUCACUGGUAUGUUGGAGAAGGCAUGGAAGAAGGGGAGUUCUCUGAGGCCCGGGAGGAUUUAGCUGCUCUCGAGAAGGAUUAUGAAGAAGUUGGUGCCGAAGGUGUGGAUGAUGAAGAAGAUGGAGAAGAUUAUUGAUUGAUCUAUGAUCAACAAACGAAUGAGUCUGAGCCGUGCAUGCCCAUGCCGGUUGCCCUUUCUUUGUUUUCCCUUAUUUGGUUUUGGUUGUUGCAUAUUUCUCCCUCUCUUUUCGUAUUGUUUGUGUAAUUGCUGGAAAAAAAAUGAUGUUUUCUGAUGCUCUCUCUCAACAACUAAGUGUUUACCGUGUGAUAUGAAAGAGAUGAUUCUUUAGAA